AUGAAAAACUUAAUUGUGUCUGAAAUCGGAGAGAAACGAUUCAGUAUACAGGUUGACUCCACACAAGAUGUUGGAAUUGUAGAUCAAGCAACAGUAGUUGUGAGAUAUGUGCAAGAUGAAGCCAUUAAAGAACGGCUUGUGGCGAUUCUCCCUGUUAAAGACGCUACAGGAAAAGGAUUUCACGAACUUCUAAUGUCCUGUUUUGAUAUGCUUGGAUUAGAUUUCCAAAGAAUUGCUGGUGAAUCAUUUGAUGGUGCAGCAAAUAUGAGGAGUGCGUAUGUGGGACUACGUGCACAGAUUGCAAAGGUAGUGCCAGAUGCGGUUUAUAUUUGGUGCUAUAGUCAUAUCCUUAACCUGUGUGUCUCAGAUUGCUGUCAAGUAUUGGAAGCCAAAAAUUUUUUUGGUCUCCUAAAUCGCUUGGCAACCUUUAUUGGAGACUCACACAAAAGAAUGAAUAUCUGGAAAGACCAACUGGAUAGAAGACAUGGACAGGAAAAACUUUUAAAGUUACAAAAAAUUGGAGAGACAAGAUGGUGGGCAAAAGAAAAAGCCCUUAACUGGAUUUUUGGUGAAAAACAUUCUCUUUAUUUUGACACCCUUGAAGUUUUAUAUGUAAUUUCCCAGAGUAACUUGUUUGAAUCAAAAACCACUUCUGAGGCCUCAUCCCUUUUUCACAAUCUUUGUCAGUUUUGGAUUAUCCUAACAGCAAACAUAUUUUUACAGGUUUUUGAUGUUAUAGGGCCAGUGUCAAAGUAUCUACAAACCAGUGGCCUUGACUUCAAGGUAGCAUGGCAAAGGGUCGAACGUGCAGUGGAGCAACUGAAGAAAAUUGAUUUCAACAAUCUAAAACAAAAGGCUGAACACUUUGCAAUAAAAACAAACGAGUUAAUGGAUGAAAGUGAUGUUCUCAACUCCUUGGAAGUCGAGACUAUGCUUCCAGUUCGAAGAGUGGCACGAAAGAAACGCUUGGCUGGAGAAUCUUCACAUGAUGAACGGCCUGAACAUGAAAUGCAAUGUUUUCGAGCUAGUGUGUUCAGACCAAUUCUGGACCAAAUCAUACAAAGCAUGACGGAGAGAUUUUCAGAAAAUAAGCAAUUGGUCAUGGAUUCCCACUACUUGGAUCCUCGCACUUUUCAGAAAAUUAGGACAGAUCCCAAAGUGCUAGAUGGAGGGGCACUAGAGAGAAUUUCUAAGUUAGCCAAAGUAAAUGAAUGUUCUCUCAAAACUGAAUUAAUAAGUUUUGCCAACUUAUUUCCAAGUCUUACAGGAUGUCUUUCUGAAGAUGAGACACAGAAAGUGGAAAUAAUUAUUGAUGAGGAGGAGGAGGAAGAGGAGGAGGAGAUUGACUGGAUUCCACCUACUGACAAACUAGUUGAGGUACAAAAGGAAUCAAAGUGCGGUUCUUGCAAGCAGUGCUUUCUUUGCUGCCACAGGUUGUUGAUAAAAUACAACCUUUAUUCUGCAGCUUAUGAAAAUCUUUCUAUCACCUAUGAGUACCUGUUGACCCUUUCUUUUACACAAGUGUCAUGUGAGAGAGCAUUCAGCAAGCUUAAACUCAUCAAGACCCGACUGCGAGCCACAAUGGGACAAGACCUGCUUGAUGCUCUAAUGCUCAUGUCAGUGGAGAGAGAUCUUCUGGAACAGGUUCAGUUUCCAGAUGUAUUGGAAAUUAUUCGUCAAAGUUCUACCUUGAUGAGGUCUUUGCUAACCGUUUGA